CACUGCGCCAAGCGCGCGUCUCCCUCAUUGGGGAAGACGCCCUGGCUCUAAUUUUAUACACACGCUAGUGGCCCGAAGCGUUAAUUUGUUCUGCCAUUAUAUCAUUCACCACAUACGGUAGGCGGUGAGUCACUUUAUUAGGUGAAUGUGGUGAAUAACUAAGGGUGUGCACGUGAUAUCCUUCGUUUUCUGCUAGUAUUGUUCACCAAUUUUGCCAAGGGAUACCUUCCAGCGUGUUUGAAAGAGACCUUCGGUGCAUAUGCAUUGAAUAUAAGUGGAAUCAAGAGCAUACUUACUGAUUUGGGGCAGUCUGCAGAGCCGGCUUUGCAAUCAUGACUUCCAGGACCGGCUUUGCCGACAAGCUGAAAUCAAGUUCUAUAGGAGCAGAAGUAGAAGAACUUCCCCUGAUCAGAGUCCAUACCGCUGCAGCACUCCUUGUCUUCUACACCUUCCUCUACGUUGCUCCAUUCUACCUCUCAUCCGCCACAAGGCCCUCCGCAACCAUCUCCCGCAACCUCCCCUCCGUCAUCAAAGCACGCAUCCGCUCCGUCACCUGGACAUGCGCCAUAUGCACCAUCACCACCUCCCUCCUCCUAACCUACCUCCCCCCAUCCAGCACCCCCCUCACCACCCUCCACCUCAUGGGCUACCACCCCACCGGCCUCUUCCCCUCCCUCAAAGCCCUCCUCCUAACCGCCAUCCUCUUCCUCGGCCCGCUCUUCGAAUGCGGCAUCGUCGAGGGAAACUGGCGCUCCUGGGUCCGCCUCCGCGGCCUCACAACCCUCUGGCACGACCUCCCCACCUACCGCAACCUCGUCGCCGGCCCCGUAACAGAGGAGCUCCUCUUCCGCUCCGCUUCGCUGCCGCUCUUCCUCCUCUCCCCUGCGUCGCUGCGCACCACGUUCCUCCUCCCGCCCCUCGUCUUCGGACUCGCGCAUAUCCACCACAUCUACGAGUUCCGCAUAUCAAACCCCUCUGCCCCGCUCUUGCUGGGUGUGAUUCGCUCGGUCAUCCAGCUGAUGUACACGACUCUGUUCGGAUCAUAUGCUACGUUCCUGUAUCUCCGGACGGGGAGUCUCGUGGCGGUGAUUCUGUGCCAUACGUUUUGCAACUGGAUGGGCCUUCCGAGGUUUUGGGGACGAGUGGAAGGGGGGGGUGCAGAGUCGGUUAUGGGACCGGAUAGUGGGGGUGGGCAGGGGAGGCGGGAUGAGAGUCAGGGACCUGAGUCAGGGGCGCAGUUGGGGGUUGUGUGGACAGUCGCGUAUUAUAUCCUCCUUGUUGUUGGUGCGGUGGGGUUUUAUAAGUACUUUUGGGUGCUUACGGAGAGUAGCAAUGGGUUGUUGGAGUUUUAA